AUGAUCCAGAAGAUCCUUCUCCGUACCGUGGCGGCCCACCUGCGGGUUUUCCUGCGGGUGUAUUUCACGAUCAUCCUCAUGCUCAUCUCUUUCUUAGGAGACAAAUGCUAUUCAAUGCGUGUGAAAAUGAAGCUAUACAGACGCCGAUAUAUCCCUCUCCACCGCACGACCGACUGGCUCAGUGGAGGGGACCUCUUGACCGCGAUCGCUGCCUUUCGUGCCACACCUGGGAGCGCCCUCGUGGUCACCACAGAUGUGGUCAGCCGCUGCCACUUCAACACCACGGGCGGCUACCCGGCCUUCUCGGACGUGGUCUUUGACCGAUAUGCCAGUGCCACUCCUGCAGGUCUUCUCUACGACAUGGUUACGGCCACCCAAGCCGCGGCCCUCAGCAACGGGGGUCUCCACGGCAUCUUCACACCAACGCGGUGGACGAGAAGGAGGAGGAGAGUCGCGGGAACUGUUGAACGUUCCGCCUCCCAUCUCCAGCACCUCGCUCGUUCUUCGCGCUUCCGUUAG